UAUUUUAAAUAUAAAUUUAAAAAAAAAAAAGAGUAAUAGCCUAUUGGGUACGUUGCUCUAGUGAGCCUUACGGAUGAGGCUGGGAGCGGCUUUGAGACAGAGGCUCCGGGGUGUCGCAGUUGCGCGGCUUUUGCUGUCACCCCGCGGCCGUAAGGAGUGUGUGAUGCGGAAUGUAGCCAGAGCGGAGCUUGCGCCACAGCCAGACAGCUGGCACAACAGGAUUGCCAUCCGGGAGCCGUAUCUGAUCUUGCAUCACUGGCUGUCGAUCGCCAUGGACACGGAGCCGCAGAGCAAGGCGCGUGUGGCCUGUUUGGCCACGGUGGACGAGGCGGGGCAGCCGGUCACGCGAAUGACCAGCGUCGAGCAGAUUAACGCCUCUGGGCUGACGUUCUACACGGCGCUGGGCAGUCGCCUGGCGGGCGAGAUCCAAGCCAAUCCGCAUGUCUCCUUGCAGAUGAAUUGGCCCCACCUGGAGCGCAGUGUGCACAUUGCCGGGACUGUGAGUCCGGUGUCCGCCUUUCAGGCGCAGCUACAGUUCGCCCGCUAUCCGCGGGAGGUGCAGCUCAGCAUGCACGGCAUACAAACUAGGAAACGCAGUCUGCUCGGCAAGAUCAAGAAGUGUCUCUCGCUGAUCCUCAGCGAGCAGCGGCUGCCUAAAGUGCCUGUGCCCCCCAACUGGGGCGGCUUCCUCUUAAGUCCCACUCUGUAUGAGUUCUAUCGCACCUGCAACAAGACGCCGGGCAGGCAGUGUAUGCGCUUUCGGCGCUGUCUCACGCUGCCGCGCGGCAUGCGAAAUGAAACCCUAAGAGCGGAUCGUUAUGACUGGGUGUUCGAUAGCAGCGUUCAGGAUUCCUAAGAAAUUCGAUAAAAAAUGUUAUGUGCAGAAAUUAAAAACGUAAUACAUAUUAAUACAUAUUUAAUUUAUUUGAGGUUAUAUUUGAGAUCAUUGCAAAUGGCGGCCGCAACAAAUGAAAAGCAAACAAGGCUAGUUUAAAAUUUAAUAAGCGCACAGCACACAUGUGGCACACCCAUACCCGCAUACAUACAUAUGUACAUACAGACAUACAUACAUACGCAUUCGCAUAGAGGUUUUCUCGUGUAACUGCAGCCAAGCGCAAAGAGUAAUGCCCCACGGGAUGUGCAUGUCUCAAAACACACCAGCAGCAGCAACAACAACAACAAUGACAGCACAGAGCAUAGGCAAGUCGACAGCAAAGUAAAUAACGAAAGCCCAUGCGAAGCGCAACACCGG